AUGGCCUCCCGGAGACUCGCUCUGAACCUCGCCCAGGGCAUCCGCAGCCGCCAGGCUGCACCCGCCCUGAGCGCCCUGAAGCGAGGUUUUGCGACCCCCGUGUCGUCGCCCGCCGGCGCGAAGACCCAGACCACCACCCUCAAGAAUGGCCUGACCGUCGCUACUGAGUACUCGCCCUGGGCCCAGACGUCGACGGUGGGAGUCUGGAUCGACGCCGGUUCGAGAUCCGAGACCGAUGAGACCAAUGGCACCGCACACUUCCUCGAGCACCUUGCCUUCAAGGGCACCGCCAAGAGGACGCAGCAGCAAUUGGAGCUCGAGAUCGAGAACAUGGGUGGCCACCUGAACGCCUACACAUCGCGUGAGAACACCGUCUACUUCUCCCGAGCAUUCAACGCCGAUGUCCCGCAAUCCGUCGACAUCCUGGCCGACAUCCUGCAGAACUCCAAGCUCGAGCCCUCGGCCAUCGAGAGGGAACGCGACGUCAUCCUGCGCGAGUCCGAGGAGGUCGAGAAGCAGCUCGACGAGGUCGUCUUCGACCACCUGCACGCCACCGCCUACCAGCACCAGCCCCUCGGCCGCACCAUCCUCGGCCCCAAGCAGAACAUCCGCGACAUCACCCGCUCCGAGCUCACCAACUACAUCAAGACCAACUACACGGCUGACCGCAUGGUCCUUGUCGGCGCUGGCGGCGUCCCCCACGAGCAGCUCGUCGACCUGGCCGAGAAGCACUUCUCCGGCCUGCCCACCACCUCGCCCCAGAACUCGGCCUACCUGCUGUCCAAGCGCAAGCCCGCCUUCAUCGGCUCCGACCUGCGCGUCCGUGACGACACUAUCCCCGCCGCUCACAUCGCCAUUGCUGUCGAGGGUGUCAGCUGGAACGACGAGGACUACUUCACCGCUCUCGUCACCCAGGCCAUCGUCGGCAACUACGACAAGGCCAUGGGCAGCGCUCCUCACCAGGGAAGCAAGCUCAGCGGCUUUGUGCACCAGAACGACCUGGCCAACAGCUUCAUGAGCUUCUCCACCAGCUACAGCGAUACUGGUCUCUGGGGUAUCUACCUUGUCUCUGACAAGAUCACCCGCCUCGACGACCUCGUCCACUUCACCCUCCGCGAAUGGUCCCGUCUGGCUGGCAGCGUCACCGAGUCCGAGGUUGAGCGCGCCAAGGCACAGCUGAAGGCCUCGAUACUGCUGUCGCUUGACAGCACAUCCGCCGUUGCCGAGGACAUCGGCCGCCAGCUCGUCACCACUGGUCGCCGCAUGAGCCCCGGCGAGAUCGAGCGUACCAUCGACCGCAUCACUGAGAAGGACGUUAUGGAGUUUGCCAACAAGAAGCUGUGGGAUCAGGAUAUUGCCGUCAGCGCCGUCGGCAGCAUCGAGGGUCUGCUCGACUACCAGAGAAUUAGAAACGACAUGAGCCGGAACUUCUAA